AUGAUCUACCUUGGAGAUCGGUACUGUGACUACGCUGUUCCUUUUCACAUUUACAUGGGAUUCCGAAUGGGAAUGUUCGUCCAGCCCCGAAUCAUGAACAGUCCUUUGAACGCUCGCUGCGUCGCAGCGGUACUCCCAACUGUAGCCGACGCUCAGCGCUUUGCGAACGCUGCUGCGAGCGCCUACCAGGCGACCGGCGAAAAUCUGCUCAACCAUGGUAUAGUGCUCGGACGAUGUGUGCCGGAAAUUCUCAUCGGAGCCGGAGACGCCCUAAAUAACCUUCAAAAAGGAAACGCAUCACUCGACGCUCUCAAGAACAUGUUCGGUGAUGAUGGCACCAUUCCGCCCGACAAACUGGUGAACGACAGCGAGAAAUACAUUGGAGAAGUUGUCAACUCAGAAGGUGCCAUCACCAAAAUCGUCCACGAUCUCUCGAAAUCCUGGUGGCAGAUUCUCACACUAAUCUUGGCAGCUGGUGUCUGCGCCUUUCUCUGGACAGUAGUAUUACGUGUUCUCGGCGGUUUCAUGAUUUGGACUUCAAUUCUUUGUAUAAUUGGAGUUCUAGGGGCAGGUUGUGGAUACAGCUGGUUCAAAUGGACAAAUCUAGUGAAAGCUGGAGCCGUUGAUGACUACUCUUUUCAGCCAAUAUUCAGCGUCUACUUCGAAAUGCCUACCACAUGGCUCGUUGUUGCAAUCAUAGUGAGUGUCGCCUUACUCAUUGUACUUCUCGUUCUCCUCUUCGUUCGCAAACGAAUUUCCAUCGCUGUGGCACUGAUCGAGGAAUCGAGCAAAGCUGUCGGCCAUAUGAUGUCUACCUUACUCUUUCCAAUCUUCCCAUUCGUGCUUCAUUUACUCGUCAUUGCCUUAUGGGGCACAAUAGCGAUAUGGCUGGCAUCGUCCGGAGUCGAAACUUGCCAGAGAAAUGAUGGGCGAAAUACAACGUGUGAUUGUUCUACAAGAAAACAGGAUCCGAGCUGUGUAUUCCUUGGUCUUGUGAAACAAGAAACGACGAUAUUCUGGCUACAGGUCUAUAAUCUGUUCGCAUUCUUCUGGAUGAUGUGCUUCGUCUCAGCCCUCGGGGACAUUUCUCUCGCGGGUGCAUUCGCUAGUUAUUACUGGGCGAAGAACAAGCCAAAGGACGUGCCUUCAUUUCCGGUACUUCGAGCGCUUGGUCGGGCUCUCAGGUACAAUUUGGGCUCCUUAGCUUUUGGUUCAUUGAUAAUCGCUGUUAUAAAACUUAUUCGAGUAUUACUUGACUAUUUGGACAAAAAGCUUUCAACAACCAACAGUACUGUUAUCAAAAUGGCGAUCUAUGGAAAAAGCUUCUUCACGUCGGCUAAGGAGAGCUUUUUGCUUCUUGUUAGAAACUGCGUUCGCGCCGCCGUUGUCAAUCAGGUCGCUGGAAUUUUGCUUUUCAUCGGAAAAGCCCUAAUCACACUUGGAAUGGGUGUCGUCGCAUUUUUCUAUUUCUCCGGUCAAUGGGUGGUCGAUGGAAUACCACGGGUCGAACUGUAUUACUAUUUUGUACCCAUAAUUCUCGUUUUAAUUGUGGAAGAUUCUGAACAAAACGACGGAAGUGUGGAGAAGCCGUACUACAUGUCCAAAAAUCUUCAGAGGAUCCUCGAUAUAAAGAAUGAAAAAUGA